AUGGACAAUGACAAAUCAAAGAUGUCUAAGACAUUGUUAGAUAAAUCUGACGAAAUGGACAUAGAUGAAGAUCCAAGCUCUGAUGAUGAUGUUGACAAUGGUGCUCCUUUGUUAAAUGAUGACGAUGAUGACGAUGAUGAAGACGACGAUGAUGAUGAUAAUGAAGAUAUGGAUGACGAUCCAGAUUAUCAAGAAGAAGAUUGUUCACGAAUUUCUACAGAAGCGGCUUCUAUAUCAGUAGAUGAAACUUCUUCUAAUCAAACACCUAUUGACAUUGCUAUUAAGGAAGGCAAUUUCGAAGAAACAACAUCAUGUUCACCCAUCCGAAGUGCUGUUACACCUAUAACAUCAUAUGAUAGCCCUUUACAAAUGAAAAAAUUGAAUUUAAAAAUUAAAAGAUGGAGAAGGGAGGAUGCUGAAGGUAAAUCUCCAAAUGUUUCUCGAACUGAUGAAAAUACUCCUCCUACUUCAUCAUCGGUCGAUCCUACUAGUGAUGAUAGAAGUGUAUUAUAUCAAGAGACCUGGCCAGGAAAAGUAUGUGCAUUUUGUAAUUUAGGAGAACGAAGUCAACUUGGACAAGGAUCUCUUCUAAGGUUAGACUGGGAAAAGGAUUUUAAGUCAACAUUAGAUGAUUUUAUUAAACAAUUAGUUACUAAACAAUUAACUCCGAUGCCAUUACAAUCACCAACUACUGAAAUGGCACCAAUUAUACAGUAUAGAAGGCAAAAAUCUGCUGCCAAAUUUAAACAACAACAAUUUUCAACCUGUAGUUUUGAACCCGUGGAUGAGCUCAGCGUUAUUGGGCAUUUGGAUGUUCCUGAUUUGAACAUGUUAUAUGAACAAUUUGAAUCAAAUGGUUAUGUUUACGUACAUCAGUUUUGUGCUACCUGGACUCAAGGUGUAAAAUGUGAUACAUCUGAUUCAUUGGAAAAUGUGCCUGAACUUAUCUUAGAGAGCUUAAUGCGACGGUGCUCUUACUGUGGUCACUUAGGUGCCAGUGCUCCAUGUACAUACGCUAAUUGUUUGAAAUUUUUCCACUAUCCUUGUAUUUUUGCUUCUGCUUCAUUUCAAGAGAUGAGUGUACCAGCUUUAAUAUGCAAUUCUCAUCUUGAUCAUGUUCCUUUAAUGGAACUUUCUGCUAACGUUGCUUGUGGUAUAUGCUCGACUCUUGGAGAUGUUUCUAAUUUAAUGAUGUGUACAGCAUGUGGUAGCCACUACCACGGUGUUUGUCUUGGAUUAGCUCUACUCCCAGGAGUACGAGCUGGAUGGCAAUGUGGUAAUUGUCGAAUUUGCCAAGUUUGUCGGCAACCAGCCGAACAGACUAAGGUUAUGUUAUGUGAAGGUUGUGAUAAAGCCUAUCAUCCUGGAUGUUUAAGACCUCAAGUGACAACUAUACCUAAAAUUGGAUGGAAAUGCAAAUGCUGUCGUGUAUGCACUGAUUGUGGUUCUCGUACCCCAGGUGCUGGGCUAUCUUCUCGGUGGCAUGCCCAUUACACGGUUUGUGAUUCUUGUUAUCAGCAACGUAAUAAAGGUUCUUCAUGUCCACUUUGUCAUCGAGCUUAUCGAGCUGCCGCUCAUCGAGAAAUGGUUCAAUGCAUCUCAUGUCGAAAAUACAUUCACGGUGCUUGUGAUCCAGAGGCUGAGUAUAUAACUAGCCAUAGUAAAAGUUCAGCAUCUGAGUACAUGUGUCCUUUAUGUAAAAAUGCUGUACAACAACGUCGAGAUGGAUAUGAAGAAUUUGGAGACUCUAAUAGUUCAAUAGAUGUUUAUCAACCUGAGCAUGACUUAGAGUUUAAGAGCAAUAAAGAUUUUGACGAUGGUCGAGUGGGUGGCUAUGGUUUGGGUAAAGGAAAACCAUAUGCUGCAUGCAAAGUAGCUAAGAAACGUUUGCUUUCUGGAUAUGCUGGGCGUGCUAAAGGUUUAGGAAAACUUACUGCCGCAUUAAAACCCAUGUACCAGAAAAAAGGACAACGCCUUGUUGAGUUUCCUAGAAAGAGACCUCGAGGAAGAAUGCGAGGCAUUUUUGGUGUACCUGGUCUUGGAUUACAAAGGCCUUUGUCUGAUGUAAGCUCCAAAAAUUCUUCAAACGACAUUGACCCUAACAAUGAAAAUAGAAUUGUUUUAUGCUCUGCUAAAGAUAAAUUUGUACUCGGUCAAGAUAUUUGUGUUAUGUGUGGAUCUUUAGGUACAGAUCAAGAAGCAUGUCUUAUUUCUUGUUCUCAGUGUGGUCAGUGCUAUCACCCUUUUUGUGUUAAUGUUAAAGUAACCAAAGUUAUUCUUCAAAAAGGAUGGAGAUGCUUGGAUUGUACAGUUUGUGAAGGGUGUGGUCAACGUAAUGAUGAGUCCAGACUUAUACUUUGUGAUGACUGUGAUAUUUCUUAUCAUAUUUAUUGUACUGAUCCAAAACUUGAUUAUGUCCCCAGAGGAACUUGGAAAUGCAAGUGGUGUGCUCAAUGCUUGACUUGUGGUUCAAAUGAUCCAGGCUUUAAUUGUUCCUGGUUGAAUAAUUAUACUGAAUGUGGACCUUGUGCUUCUCGUAGUAUUUGUCCAUCAUGUCAAGAAUCAUAUUCUGAUAGUCAAUUGAUAAUUAAAUGUUCACAGUGUGAUAGAUGGCUUCAUGGAAAAUGUGAUAAAAUUGAAAACGAAGACGAUGCAGAAAAAUGUGCAGAAGACGGAUAUAGUUGCUUACUAUGUCGUCCUCGUGGGACAGUUCCAGCACAUUUAGCACAUGUCUCAAGUCCUAAAAUCAAACAGAAAAUGUCAUCACGUGAUAAUAGUCCAGAUGCAACUAAAGGGAUAGUAAAUGAAUACUGUAUGGAUGGCAUUUAUUUAUCUGAAUCAGGUGUUCAACAUAUGAAGGUUCUAACCAGUGGUAUAGAAAUAUCACAUCAACGUAAAAAGCGAAAAGAUUUGAAAAAAGCACAAAUGGAAAAAGAAGCUGCUAUUAUGGCAGCUAUAGAAUCUGUUGUGUGUAAUAGUAGAGAUACCAUUAAUGAUUCUUUAGACCAUGAUGAUGCUUAUAAAAUGGAUUUUGAUGACAUAAAGGAAGAACCUAGUGAACCAGAACCUAUUUAUAAAGAAGGGAUGGUAGUACAGCCACGUGAUGAUGGUCGACCUCCUGAACCACCAGAAGGUUUUAGUAUUUUGACAUUAGAAACAGGUGUAAUGGUUCUGCGUCGAAAACGAGUUAGAAAUCUUCAAAAAUUAGGUAUUGGGGGAUUUGUUGUUAGAGGACGUAUGCCCCGAACUAAAGACAAAGAUGAAGAAAAUACUCAGGAUGGUGAUGGUGAAGACAAUAAACCAAGGCGAAAACCAAAUCGAUGGAAAAAACCAAAGAGUAAAAUUGCUGAAAAUUACCCUAAUUAUAUACAAGAUGCAUUUUUUGGUCGUGAUUUGUUGGAUGCUUGCAACGUUGCGGCACAGAUUUUGGACAGUAGUGAGUCUGAAGAAGUGGAAGAAAAAGAUGAAGAUAUUAAAACAAUUGAACUUUCUCAGGCUGAAUUAAAAAUUAUGGAAGACAUUAAAGCUAAACAACAAACAAAAGAAGAAGUGAUAAAAACAUGCAUGAAUAUUAAGGAAGAGAUAAUUGAACUCAACGAACAACCAAAAGUGGUUGAAAAGAAAAAAGAAAUACCUUCUACAAAUGAGAACGAUACACUUAAAGAUAUUUUGCUGUCUGAUAAUUUAUUAGAUUCCAUUAUGAAUGAACAAAGUAGAAAUAUUAAGACAGAAAUGGAAGAUAACGGCUUAGUAGUGGAAGAACCCAACAUGAGCGAAACAAACACUUCAGCUCAAAAAGAUGAAUUUAGUGAAAUUCUAGGUUCUCACUUUAAUCUUGAUUCUAUGGUCAGAGAGACAGGCUUACCAAAUAUGGAUAGUAAAGAUGUAGAAGAGAUUUUCAAAGUAGUUUUAACUGAUGAUGCUUCACAAGAAGAAUCUCAAGAUCCAAAUAGCUCAAAUAUGUUAUUAAUAAGUAAUAAUAAUAUGGGUACUAUACCUCAAGCCCAAAAUGGAGUAGUUAUGGUUCAAAAUCAGAACCAUGCUCCAAUUAUGUCUCCAUCUCGUACAGGUGUUCCAACUAAUAUGUCUCGUGGAAAAGUACCAGCUCCAGCAUUACCACCUGUAGUAACCAAUAUGCCUUCUCCUAUCUAUCCAGCAAUGUCUCCAUAUCAUUCUGAAUACAGCAAUAGUCCAUCUCAGUUCAGUCCAGCAUUUUCUGAACCUCACAGUCCUUGGGUACAAAAUAGUGGUGGUGAAGAUAGCUUAGAAGGUGUAGGCUCUCAGUCAUCAGCUAUAAAUACCAGUCAAAGAAAUUCUCAAAAAAUGGAAGCAGAUGAAGCUCUGGGACCUAAAGCUUCAAUAUCAGCUGUACUUUACGCUAAUGUUACCCAUCCUGAAUGGAAAACCGAAUUUCCUUCUUGGCCUGAAAGAUCAAGACAAAUAUUAAAAAAGUGGAGAACAUUGUCUCCAGAACAAAAAAGCCCAUUCUUGUUAAAAGCAAGAGAAAAUAGAACUAAUCUGAGACAGAAAAAAGCACAACAGGCCGCGAAGGAAGACAGUACCAGUGGAGACAACCGGACCAGUUCAACAUCUAGUGCUACCCAGAGUCCGACGAUUAACAAUGGAGAGGUGUGUCCCACCAAAGAACCGAUGCAACCCGCAAUACUAAUUGCCGCUGGUGAUGGUCAUACUAACUCACAAUCUCCCCAGCCUUCUGAUCCUGAGCCUGAAUCUAACCCACCUCAGCAAACAUUUCCCACUACUAUUCCUACUCACCCAUCUACAAUACAAUAUAUACCAGUUUUACCCAACCCUCCAUCUCCUAAUCCUGUUAAUUUGCGAACCAUUCACAUAAUUCCCGCAGAGAAGAAUUCAUCUGAACCAAUUCAAUAUCAAUAUGUAGCAUCGAGUUCAUCUGAAAGGGGGACUUUGCAUUAUCCACCAAACAGUAUUCAUAUAAUACAAACAGUUCCAUCAUUAAUAAUGUCUAAUUCAAUAUUAGCCACAUUAGAUACUAAAAAUCAAACUGAUUCACGUAAUAACCUAUUACAUAUAAUCACAUCACAGCCGACUGGCACAAUACGUAACGUACAGUUGGUGAGAAAUGAAUCAUCAUCAGCUGGCACUGAGGGCGCUAAAACUAACAUAACCGCUAGCAGUACUAACACUUCAGUCAGCACUUCACCUCCGCUGUCUGACCAACAAAUACGUGUACUAACACCGUCUGAGAUAAUGCGCACACUCCCGUCCCUCGGUCAAGAGACUUAUGACCCUGUGGAUCAAGAUAAAAUGAUAUCUCAACAGAGAUCACGUGAAGCUGAAAAUGAACGCCAGUGGAAACAGUUACAAGCAAUGCGACAACAACAGGCACAAGCUGCUCAACAGCAGCAAGUAAUGCAAGACCAACGUACUCAAGGAGUAUAUCAAAGAGUACCAGUUCAUCAAAGAAAUCUUUCUAUUGAUACCAAUCAAUUUACAAAUUCUGAUCAACAAGUGUUGGUUCAUACACCAAAUUUAGCUACUCAGUUACAAGUUUCUACUAAUCAGGAUGGUUCUUUAACUCCCUUACAAAGUCCUAGUAGUGUAAGUUCUCAACAGCAAUCUAGAUCACCAUAUCCUUCACCUGUCUUGAAAGUGACCAGAGUUGUGAGUCCUGCUUCAGCAUCACCAUCACCUCAAUACACACGUUCACAGUCAACACCAGGACCAACAGACUUGUUUAGUCCACCAAUAUCUUCAACUUCUGUAGUUCAACAACCAAGAAAUGUUCAUUUUAAUCCUACAUCUCCACGAGGAAGAGAUGACGUAUUUUCUUCACCUCAAGCUAAUCAAGAAAUGACAAGACAUUUGAGGGAAUUACUUCAAAGACAGCAGUUUAAAAAAGAAACCCCGGCCGAUCAGCGUAUGUGGAAUACAGAAGAUACACCAAAUCAAGAAAUAACAUCUCAAAAUGUUGUACCAAAUCAAGAUUUUGAAACCCCAGCUUCUGGACCAACUUUUCGUCAGCCUUUACCUCCAAGUGCUGUUAAGACUCAACGUAUGCCUUUCCAACCAAUGGUUACUCCAAACGCUCAAAUGGUCAUUCGGCAACGAGUUCAAGAUCAAAAAUUCCAAUUAUCAGAUCCUCGGUUUCGGUUGUUAAUACAACAACGAUCUACUACUACUGGUGCAAUUAUUAAUAAUAACAUGAAUUCUCAACAAUUUGUAUCUGGUAUUAAAAAUCCAAUUACUCAACAAGCGUUGACACAGCAAAAUACUAGGCCUUACGAAAUAAUGCAACAACAACAACAACAACAUCAGCAGCAACAACAACAACAGCAACAACAACAGCUACAACAGCAGCAACAACAGCAGCAGCAGCAGCAGCAACAACAACAACAACAACAACAACAACAACAACAACAACAGCUGCAACAACAGCAACACCAACAACAUCAACAGCAACAGCAACAUCAACAGCUGCAGCAACAACCAUUUUCAGUAGAAAGAUCUGAAAGCUUAGACCAGAAAUAUCAAGCUCCAAUUAAUGAAGUUUCAUCAAUAAUAAAUGAUCCUAGUUCAAUGUCCCAAUCUAUAGUAGUUGGUCAAAAUGUAUCUGCUGGUAGACAUAGUGAUAUAUUACAGCACCAGUCUCAGCAAAAUUCUAUUAAUGGUACUGAUAAUGUAGACAGUAGAAGUGAAGAAAUUACAGAUAGUGUUAGAGAUGAAUUGGAAAAACUACAACAAGAAGGAGAUCCAAACAAUAUUGGUGAAGUUGAUGGAGUCAAUGCCCUUUUGGGUGAUUUAGAUGAUGAUGACGAACUCUUGGCUGAAAUGGGAGCUGACUUUAAUAUACUGGAAUAUGCUGAUCCAGAACUUGACAACCUAGAUUGCGGUAACAAAACUAAUAUCUUAUAUGAUCUUGUUGAUGAUGAGGAAUCUAACAAGAGUGCUCAUAACAAAACUGUACCAAAUGAUAAGUCAUCAGUAGAAAUUGAAACAAAACAACCAAAGGAAGAAGUGGAUGAACUACAAAGAUUGAGUAGUCUGAAUCAUAGAAAAGAGCAAAAUAGUGUAGCAGUUUUAGGGAUUGAAAAGUUUGAACAAGAUAUUAUUCAUUCUCCAAAACUUGAAACUUCACAAAAUGUUAACGCACAAAUUGUUCAAGAUAACCAAAUAGGUAAUGUGAUGCAGAACAGAGAAAAUAAUUUGAAUUUCAUGUCAAAUUUUUCUGGAGAAAAUCCAACACCUAAAAUGUCACCAAUUGGACAAGUCUCUAUUCAGCAACAGCAGCGACUAAUUCAAAUGCAACGUACAGUUGUGCCUAAUCGCAUGAUAGGUUCUCAGCAGAUUAUACAACAAGGGACGGUUCAACAAGCCCGACAGUUGGCUCCCCCUCCACCUUAUCCAGGACCUCCUCCGCCAUACCCUGGACAACAUCAGGAACAGCCCUUAUUAUUAGAAGAUCUUUUGGAACAAGAAAAACGGGAACAAGAGAAACGACAAAAUAUUGAUUCAUCAGGUGUUAAUAGUAAUGUUUCAUCUACGGGAUCUUCACUCCCUGGUCUAAUGAGUGAUGCUGAUUUUGAACUUCUGCGAGCUGAUGUUAUGAAUUCUUCUGCUAGUGGUACUGCUAUUGCAUCACCACCUAUAAUUCAACAAAGUGGUACAGGAGUUGUACAACAACAAGUCAGUGAUCAAAUACAUAUGCAAAGACCUACAUUUUUGCAAAGGCCUACGUCUCAGCCUGUACAAAACUGGUCACAACCCCAGCAAUUACCUAGUCAAUCUCCAGCAAGACAACAAUUUACUGAUCAAUCUAUAAAAGUUCCAAUUUUUAAUGCUCCGGUAUUAACACCACCAGCACAACCACCCGAAGUCAUAGCUACAGAACAAGAUCGUCAAAUACAACAUACAUAUGAAGUAUGGCUUAAUGAACAAAGUAACAAUAUAACUAAGCAAUUGAAAUAUUAUGAGAGCGAAGUUCAGAAGUUAAGAAAAAUGAGAAAGAGCAUGAAUAGUAAACAACGUGUGGCUAGAAAACAAGGUAAUGAGCUAUCAGAACACGACUCACUAGAAUUCCAACGUGUUACUUCAGAACAGCAAGCUGUGCAAAAACUAUUGGAUUCAAGUCGUAAGCAAAAUAAACAGCAUAUAGCUAUUAUACAGGAGUAUAAAAAUAAACAUCGUUCAACAACUGCAGAAAGUCCACAGUCUCCAAGUGUAAUGAUGUCUCCAAAUUCAACUGUUGGGUCUAUUCAACAUCAACAAAACUCAAUGUCUCCACACAAUAGUAUUUCCACUCCUUUAUCUCAAACUGAAGAAAACCCAUUUAGUCCAAACCAACAGUCUCCAUUACCAUCACCUAGAUCUAAUCUGCCUUCACCUCAGCUACGUAAUCCUGGCCAGUCGAGUCCAAGACAAGUGAUUGUAAAUCCAAACACACAAGACCAACUAACAAGGCAUGCAGGAAUGACUCCUAUAAGAUUUGUGCGUUCACCAGAUGGCUUAACACUAAGAGCACGUCCAACACUCGUGUCUCUUCAGAGUCAUAUGCCAUCUGUGAAUACUACAAACACAUAUCAGGGUGCAAAGGUGACAAAUGUCACGAUAAGCCAAGGAUCCCAAAUUCAACAACCUCAGCAGAUACAACGACUAACAUUCCAACAAUUAACUCCUCAACAGCAACAGUUGCUUUUACAGAGAAAACUCACCCAAAAAGCCAUACUUAUAUCUCAGCAACAACAAGAAUUAAACAAUUCCGCCAAUCAAGACCCAUUAGCAGUCCAACAACGACAAAUGCAAUUAGCUCAACAUAGACAAAUGUUAUUACAGCAAAUUGAUCAAAUUCAAAAACAAAUGAACGAUGGACAGAAUCAGCAACAAAGACAAAUACUCGUUCAGCAAGCAGUACCUGGAAAUCAAGAUAGUAAAUCAGAGUUGUCACCUCAACAAAGGCAGCAGAUAGUCAUUCAAAGACAAAACAUAAUAUUACAACAACAACAGCAGUUCCAACAGUUACAGCAACAAAAUGUUCCACAACAACAACAACAACAAAUUUUGCAACCACAGAAUAAUCAGAAUCAAAUGCAAUUACAAUCUCAAAACAAUCAAAAUACAAUACAAGCACAACAGCAGCAGCAGCAACAACAGCAACAACAACAACAACAACAACAGCAGCAGCAGCAACAACAACAACAACAACAGCAACAGCAGCAACAACAACAAAAUCCUGGACAGACCAAUAUGACUCAACAGCAAAAAUUAUUUCAACAUCAACAACUACAGUUACAGAUAGCCAAGCAGCAGCAUAUCCUGGCACAACAUAAUGCUCAAAUUCAACAAAAAUUAGUUCAACGUUCGCCCCAGCAACAAAAUGUAAUUCAGUCUCAACUAUCUCCUCAGCAGCAACAAACAGUACUGUUACAGCAGACUAUUAAACAAGAACCGGGAGAAAUUGUUAAUCCAAAUAUUAUUCGUCAACAACAGCAACAGCAACAGCAAAUUUUAUUGCAGCGCCAGCAACAAACAAGAUUUUUACAACAGCAACUUAUAUCUCAAGGUAAAGUCACUAGACAAAUGGUUCAGUCCCAACAACAGUCUCCAAUUCCUCCUCAAAGCCCAAAUCAACCACCUUUAUCUCCAAUGCCUCCACAAAGUCCCAUUUCCAACAAUCAACAAUACUGUCAACCAAAUAGUCCAAUGAUAUCAACUCAGUCUCCAAUGCUGUCACAGAGUCCUCAACAAUUUUCACAACCAGUACAAUCGCCUAACCCUGUACAGUUUACUCCUAAUUCACCGAUGCCUUCUCAAAGCCCUAGGCAAACUCAGUUUGUACAACCAACAUCACCAUUAAUGCCUCAAAGUCCUAUGGUCCAGGGAUACACUCAUCCACCAGCAACUUCACCGUUUGGACAACCUCCCAGCUCGCCGAGUCCCAGACCGUCGCAGAGUCCAAGAAAUAGCCUGGGCCCCCCUAGUUCUCCAAUGAGUCCUAUGCAACAAAACCCAUACAUCAGACCUACAACGAGUCCUAUGCCCGCUAGACGACCAAAUGUUGGUAGUAGUCCAUUGAUGCCUGAUCAACAAGAAAACAGGGAAGAAAAUAAUGUACCACCAGAAGGAUAUCAGUAUGCUAAAUUAGGACUUCGUGGAGGCGGACAUUAUUGCUUACCUCCCAAGGGGUUUAAGUACACUAAAUUAGGUCUUAAGGGUGGAGCACCUAUGUGGAGUACUGGGAGGCAGUUUGUUAGCAAAGAUGCUCAAGAUGAGGUAAAAAGAAGCGUAUUCAAAAGUAAUGAUAUGCCAUUAAGUGCAAUACCAGUAUCUAAAGUUUCAUCAUUAGUAUCGCUGGAGUAUGGAGAUUCGGAUGACGAGGGUUCAAGAACACCUCCAGUACCUUCCCCUCAACCACCUCCAAUCCAAAUAUCCAAACAAAAAGAAGCUCCAGAAGGAAUUAACACAGAUCCAAUGAUUAUUUCAACUUCUCCUAAAAAUGAAGAUAGUCAAAAUUUACCAGUUUACAAAGAUGUAAAUUUAUUGGAAAAUUGCAAAAAAGAUAGCAUUGAAGAAUUAGAUGAUAUACAAAUGAUAUCAACUAUACACAAUAUGAACAUAGAUCCCGGUCAGAUAUCAUUAAACUCUAGUAGAGUUGGCGAAGAAUUAUUGGAUAUGGAUAGAGAAAUUAAUUCACCUGGUCUGAUGUUGAAUGAAAAUGAUGAUAGUAUUCUUGGUGGUCUUCCAAAAGACGAAGCUUCUGAAAUGGAUAGACUCAUGUUUUUUGAUGAACUUGGCGAUAGCAUAAAAUGUGAUCAGGAGGAAAAGAGUGGAUCACCAGAGAAAUCUGUUUUCAAUCUGGACAAAUUACUAAAUGAUCCAGAACCACAUAUAGAACAAAAAGAAGAAUUUAAAGCUGAGGUUAUUCAACAACAAAACAAUUUAGCAGAAUUAAGCCAAGAAAACGAAGAAGAAAAUAUUGAUAAUGUUAUCCAAAGCUAUUCAUUUCAUUCUUAUGCAAAAGUUCCAAGACCAGCGCCAUCGCCCAAAAAAGAAAACCGUUUGGUGUCUAUUUUGAAAACCGAUCAAUCAGAUGAUCUAAAAAAAGUGACUAGUCUAUUUCGAUCUCAUCCGUCUACCCAAAGUAAAAAUAUUAUUAUUUUAAACCCUUCAUCAGAUACAUUAAAAGAUCAACAAGUUAAACAAAAUUUACUGUUAACAAAGGCAGACAACUUUAUACAUUCAGAUUUAGCUCAAAUCUUAAGUAAUAUUAUGUCUCCCAAACAGAAAGAUAGCUUCAUUAAAAUUGACACAUCAAAAUCAGAUGAGCACACAAAACACUCAACUAUAGUUUUACCAGCCCGUACAACAUCAGUUGUGCAGAAUUCUCAAAAAAUUCAUUGGGAUUCAAUACCCACAUUUACUACUGCUUCUUCAACUUCAUAUGCUAAAUCGAUUCAAAUAAUAUCAAGACCUGAAGACAAAGAACUAAAAAACAGCUCUCAAUUGUCAUGUAUGAUAAAUGUACCCAAGCAAGAAUCACGUACACCUAAAGUUGUUGAGGAAUCUCAGAAUGUAUUGCUUAAACAACUUCUUCAAAACACUGCAUGUGCUAAUCAAACUCCAACUACUACAACUGCUAUAAGUUUGCCAAUUAUACCUUCUCUCGAAGCUCAGCUUGCAAGGCCUGUUUCACCUACACCAUCUUUAUUAUUUCCUUCAUUACUUUCACCAAAAAAAGAUGAUAAAUUUGAAUCUCAACAUCAAUUACUGAAACCUUUAAAACUAGAUAUUGAACCUAUGGUACAAAGACCAGAGUCUCAACCUCCGGUGCUUCAAAAGCCUGAACCUCAAAUUCCAAUACAAAAAUCUGAACCACAAGCUCAAGUUCUAAAACUUGAGCCACAGUCUUCUCCUAAACCUGUAGUUGUUCUACAGCGUUCUGAUAUUCAAACACCAGCUACACAAAAUUCACCUACACCACCACCACCGCUUCUUCAACCAUCUUUACUGCAAGUACAACCAGAAUCACAACUUCAAUCACAGUUGCAACCACAAUCAACUCGACCAAUAGCUUCAACAGAUUCAAUAAUGGAGUCUAUUAAUUCAGCAAUUAAACAAGAGCGUUUAGAAGAAGAAAUUAAAAAUGAAGUACAUUUACCUGUAACUCCAUUGACUGGAUUUAGCCCUGAAAGAGAAGUAAAAAGAGAAAUCAUGUCAUCCGAUGAAUUAGUAUCACCUCAAAAUUCUACUAGAAUAGUAGAUCCAGCAGAUAUGAAUAAUUCAAUGAAUAUGUCAAUAGACAUGAAUGCAGAUACUCAAGACCAAAAAAAAUACAAACGUAGGCAGUAUUAUGCUAAACGUAGGCAAAGUCAAGGGAAAGAUGUGAGUUCUACUAUCAUCCCAAAAAAACGACAUCGAAAAGGUUCUAAACCUGAAGAAGAUUAUGAUUCUUUCAUUGAUGCACUUAUGUCACAAUUACGACAGCUUCAGCCAAUGAGUGUUAUUGAGCCAUCUUUAAACCAAAACUUAACAGCUUGUCCAUUGUUUGGCAUAGGAGAUGUAUUAUCUCAGCAAAACUUUAAAAGUGGUGACUUAAAAGGUAAAGUGGGUUCAUGUAAUCUGCCAGGUGAGAGUGAUUAUUACAAUACAAAACCUUUUGGUGAUUUGGAACCUGUCUCACCAUUACCUCAACCAUCCACUCAAAGAGGCUUUUACAAUGAAGAAUUUGACCCUUUAAAGUUUGAAUCUGAUAAUGAUGAAAAGAAGUUUGAUAUCGGACGUGACCGUGAUGACACCCCAGACACUGUAAUGAGUUCUUCUUCACCAGAAUUGGCAGUAUGUCAAACUCCAACCCAUUUCCCAGGGCUUAAAAAUUAUGAUGAUGAUAGCGAUUCAACAGAUACACUGUUAAAUUUUACUCGAUACAUGUCUCCAGUUCAUCAACUUGUUGCACCACUAGCUUUGAAACCUCGUCCCAACUAUAAAAUCAAUAUAGAAGAUGAUAAAGAAAAUCAAGGUGCGAGACAAGGAAUGUUGUCUCAAGUUGGUAAAACACCUCCACGAAGUUCACCUGCAUUACCAUUGCGGGAUUCCAAUACAAUGACAGUUACAUUAACUAUAACUUCAGAUGCGGCUGAAGAUAUUAUGGGAGUUCUUCAAGGCUUAGCUAAUUUACUCGAUUUACCUGAUAUUCCUAAUUAUAAAGUUACCGAAAGAACUGUUACACCAAUGUCACAUAAGUUAGGACUGUACAGAUCUAAAACCAAAGAUGGAAAAGAAGGAGCUCCAAUAGAUAUUCAAACUAUAUUAAAUGGCUUUGCCAAAUUUUGUCGUCAUUGUGAUUUAGUGAUAUUAAAUAAUUUAAUAAAAAAGAAAGCAACCGAAAUUCCCUUCUUAGCCGUCGAAGAGUGUGCUGAUGAAAUAUUUUUCUGUAGUACGAUGUGCUUUCAAACUUUUGCUUCUCUUUUGCGCCCACCAGCUGAAUCUAAAGACAAAGCAACAACCAAUGUUGAUCAUUUAUCUGAAGGUUCACCACCAAAGCGUUUGAAAGUAGAUCCUGAAACUAGUCCAGUAUCAAAUAAAACUGAUGUUACUGAAAAAAUGGAUAUUGAUGACAUUUCACAAAACAUAGAAGAAACAAAACCAGAAUCAACUGUUGAAGAAGCAAAAACUUUGAAUAAGAGUACUAUUUACAGACUUUGGAAUACAAAUAGUGUUCCAGCUCCACUAACUAAGCAUAAAAAAUCUACUGAUAAAGAUCUAAUGGAGAUGUUGUUUCGUAUGGGAAUUACUGUUACAUCACCAAAAUUACCAGAAGACAAACGUUUGUGUUUAUUUUGUCAUCAGUUUGGAGAUGGUGUUUCAGAUGGACCCUCUAGGUUAUUAAACUUUGAUGUUGAUAAAUGGGUACACUUAAACUGUGCAUUGUGGUCAGAAGAUGUUUAUGAAACUGUUAAUGGAGCUCUGAUGAAAGUUGACAUAGCUUUACGGCAAUCUCUCAGUGUGGAAUGUAUAGUAUGUCAGCGGCCCGGUGCUACACUUAAAUGUUACAAGCUUAGGUGUUCAACAAAUUAUCAUUUACCAUGUGCUGUCAAAGAUGACGCUGUGUUCUAUAAAAAUAAGACUUUGUACUGCAGUGGUCAUGCUCCAAAGAGCGACAAGGAAAACGAACUGACCACAUUGUCUGUACAUCGACGUGUUUACAUUAAUAGAGAUGAGAAUCGGCAAGUUGCUGCUGUAAUGCAUCAUUCAAGUUCUCAUCAGUUUCUGUUGCGUGUUGGUAGCCUUACACUUCUCAAUAUUGGGCAAUUAUUGCCUCAUCAAUUGGCCGCAUUUCAUACUCCAACUUCUAUUUAUCCAAUUGGUUUCAAAGUGGUCCGUUUGUUUUGGAGUAUGCGAGUACCUAACAAGCGUUGUAAAUAUAUAUGUUCUAUUCAUGAAGUAAAUGCAAGGCCUGAGUUUAGAAUUAUUGUACAAGAAGUGGACAAUGAAGAUCUAGAGCUUAAAGAUUCUAGUCCAAGAGCAGUUUGGUCAAAAGUUCUGUCGGCCAUUGCUAGUAUGAGAACUACAAAUAAUUUGUUAAAGCUACACCCACAACAUGUGAGCGGUGACAGUUUAUUUGGACUUACUGAACCAGCAAUUGUUCGUGUCUUAGAGAGUUUGCCUGGCAUUGAGACUCAAUCUGAUUACCGUUUCCGUUAUGGUCGUAAUCCUCUUCUAGAACUUCCUUUAGCUAUCAACCCAAGUGGAUGUGCUCGUUGUGAGGGCCGUAGACGACUAGUUCUUCCUGGGAAGUUACGAUCACACAUUCCUAGAUCAUUUACAUCAUCUCACGGUUCAUCAUUAUUGAGUCAACUAGACUUAUCAGCUCCCCCUACUUGUCCGUAUUCUAAACAUUUUGUUCAUUCAAAAUCCUCGCAAUAUAAAAAAAUGAAACAGGAAUGGAGAAACAAUGUGUACUUAGCCAGGUCUAAAAUCCAAGGUUUGGGACUGUACGCUGCUAGAGAUUUAGAAAAACAUACUAUGGUUAUUGAAUACAUUGGUGAAAUUAUCCGAUCACAGUUGUGUGAUUAUAGAGAGAAACUUUACGAAGCUAAGAAUCGCGGUAUAUACAUGUUCCGUCUGGAUGACGAUCGGGUGGUUGAUGCUACUAUAAGUGGAGGUCUAGCUCGUUAUAUUAAUCACUCAUGUAAUCCUAACUGUGUUACCGAAAAAGUAGAAGUAGACCGAGAGCUGCGAAUUAUAAUAUUUGCCAAGCGAAGGAUUGCUAGAGGCGAAGAGCUUGCGUAUGACUACCAGUUUGACAUUGAAGAUGAUCAACACAAGAUUCCGUGCAACUGCGGUGCUCCCAACUGCCGCAAAUGGAUGAACUGA